AUGAAGGGUAUCAAGAGGGAAAAGAGGGAACAUUUCUUAAAGAACAAAGGAAGAAGCGAGUCCCUCAGGAUUAUAUGGGCUAUAACCCCCCCAGCCAAAAUCUCGCCAAAACUGGGCCUAUUUAGAAUCCUUAUCAAGGGUAUAUCCAUGGUUUCUGAUGGAAGGCGGCUAGGAAUUGACUCUUUUGAGACCCCCUGGGCCGUGACGAGUGUUCUAUGCAAGUAUGCCUGCCAGCCGGCGCUAACUUUGGAUCAAAGUUCCUCCGCUUCCGACGUUUCUUCUCAAAACUUUCCCAAAGAAGCAAAACGACAAGGGAAGAAAGACUGCUCCCUACGCCUACAAGCCCAGAGCAGGGCAUUCCACCGUGUCCCCCAAUUAACACAUAGCACUCACUUCAAGGAGAAUGGUGUACCAGGGGUUCUCUCUCCAGAGGGCUAUGACCUUGCAUGGGUACAGUAUCAAUCGUACCUGGUUCAGAAGCUCAAUAUGCUCACCGGAGGCACUGCGGAUGAGAAUGUCGGCCCUGGAACCCUUUUGAUCAAAUACGCUCGCCAGGCCAGCAUGGCUUCCCUCUUCAACUACGCCUCUAUGGCGCAUAAUAACCAUUUCUAUUUCAACUGUCUAUCACCCAAUGCCGUCCCAAUUCCUCAAAAGCUAGAAGAAGCCAUCACAGAAUCAUGCUCCUCUGUCGAAUCCCUUAAAGAAGAAUUCAUCGCGACUGCAAAUGCCAUGUUCGGACCUGGUUUCGUUUGGUUGGUUAAGAUGAAAGAUACAGCCCAAUUGAAGAUCUUAGCAACCUACAUUGCUGGCUCUCCUUACCCCCAAGCACACUUCCGACGUCAGCCGGUGGACAUGGCCACACAGACUACCGGAAUCACUGGAGGGGAGAAUAUCCAGGCUAUAGGCCGAGUAGCUUCCCGAACAUACGGCUCAAUGGGGCCCUUCUCACAACAGAAAUAUCUCGCUCCUGGUGGCGCAGACAUUCACCCAAUACUCUGUGUGAACACAUGGGAACACGUAUGGCUACAAGACUGGGGAAUUGGUGAAUUAUAA